GUGGGAAGGUGCAGCUGGAAUGUUGCUCGAAGGCAAGGAAAGCGCACUGCUUCCACGCUCCAGUCCAAAGCAGCGCAACGCAGAGAGAGAGAGCAAAGCAACUUGACUCACAAGGGCACUGCGCUGUCUGGGUCAGAUGUGCGAGCUACUGUGAGGAGCAGCAUGCAGCUGUGUUGAAUGGAAUAAGCGGGGAACCUAACGUUGGUCUGACUAGAAGUUGCAGGAUUCGUCGAUGAAGAAGCGGAGAUAAUUUUUCCAAACUUAGCCAGCUUGAAGGACAUCUCAACCCAACUGGUCACUCCAGUCUGGCGACAUGAGGAGGGACCGGCUGCUGGUAGCCGUCACUUUGGUCACACUCUUGGCGGCCGACAUCCAUUUCGUCCUGCUUCCCAGACUCAAAGCCUGGUAUCACCUGCCCAGAGAAAGCUGUGCAUGCAGGGUCACCAAUGGCAGCCUGGAGAACGGAGGUGCUACAACCGUCCCGUGGACGACAAACCAGAAUUUCACGGUGGUUUCCACCGAGCGAGGCUCCAAGCUGGAGCGGCUGUUCAGACAUCCACUCUACAACAUCAGUCUUCCAGAACUGGUGCCCGACGAACAGCUACUGCAGGAAGAGGAGCUCAUGAAUUACUGCAAGAGGAAAGUGAGCCGCUGGGAGAGAAUGAAAAAGUUCUACAUCGAGGCGGCAGCAGCUUCAAACAUCACUAUACUCGAUCAUCCCGUGACCUUUGACCCGGAGGCCAGCUGGCUGCAGUUCCAUCUAGGGAUCAAUCGAUAUGCGCUGUAUUCAAGAGACGACAGCAGCGUCGACAGACUCCUGAGGGACAUGCAGACGGCCACCGUCAUCAGCGCAGAUUUCACUCAGGAUGAGAAAGCGUUGAAGGGUGCAUGUGACUGCUCACAAGUGGUUAAACCAAGCGGUCUUCACCUGAAGUUGGCCCUAAAGCUCCAAGAUUUUGGCAAAGCUAUGUUUAAACCAAUGAGACAGAAGAGACAUGAAGAGACGCCGGAGAACUUCUUCUAUUUUGUCGACUUUCAGAGACACAAUGCUGAGAUAGCAGCUUUCCACCUCGACAGAGUGCUGGACUUCCGGAGAGUUCCACCCGUGGCGGGACGAUUCAUUAAUGUGACGGGUGAGAUUUUGUACAUAACACACAAUGAGGAACUGCGCAGUGUCUUCUUCAACUCUCCAGCCAACAACACGUGUUUCUUUGCUAAGUGUUUAUACGUGUGCAAGUCGGAGUACGCCGUGUGUGGUCAUCCUGAUCUGCUGGAGGGCUCCAUGUCUGCUUAUCUACCGGGCUUGAGCAUCGCCCCGCGGAUCUCCAUCCCAAACCCCUGGAUGCGCGCCUACAGUUUCACCGGGAGAGAGGAGUGGGAGGUCAAUGCGUUAUACUGUGAUAAUGUCAAAAAACUUUAUCCCUACAACUCUGGGAACAGACUGCUCAACAUUAUUGACAUGGCAAUAUUUGACUUUCUUACAGGAAACAUGGACAGGCACCACUAUGAAAUUUUCACCAAGUUUGGAGAUGAUGGCUUCCUGCUCCACUUAGACAACGCCAGAGGAUUUGGCCGGCAUUCCGACGAUGAGAUGUCCAUUCUUGCUCCAUUGACCCAGUGUUGCAUGAUCAAGCGUUCCACGCUGUUUAGACUGAAGCUUUUGGUGAAGUCCGAGUACCGCCUGAGCGACGUCAUGAGGGAAUCCCUCUCCAGAGACCCUCUCUCGCCAGUUCUGACUGAGGACCACCUGCAGGCCUUGGACCGCCGGCUCGGCCAUGUGCUCAGGACAGUAGGAAAGUGUGUGAAGAAGCUGGGAGAACCACAAGUGGUGAUCAGAGAUUUUGUAGAGUCAUCCAGAGUAACUACAAGCCUCCCAGGAGGAAAUAACAGGUGACGGAACGAGAAGAGCGAGGGUUUGAGGAGAUAUCGGCAAUCCACUGAAGUGACGUUAUGAUAACUUCCAGACUAAGCCACUGAACUAAAUCACCUCUCCUGUCCAAAAUCAUGGCAUCUAAGGACACCAGGAGGAAAAAUUAUUCAUAUUUCUGAUUGGU